AAUGUUUUCUGGCCAGACCUGCACAGACAGGCAGUGUAGAAGUAUGGGACAGGCGGGUUUAUAGCUGAUAUUCUCAGGCUAUAAAACAGGGCGCCGAUGAGGGACAGAUGCUGUGGGCUGGAGGACAAGCCAAGGCAGCUCCCCUUGUGAGCUGCGGCUCGUUUGCUUCCCCUGGAGCAACCUCCCUACUGGGCCGGGCAAACCCCCCUCUUCUCCCUCCAGUCCUCCUCCAGCACACACAAACCAUUCCCCUAUCCCCAGUGCUCUCCCCUUUCCCAAGGCAGGGUGGGCACCUUGGCCAAGCAGAGAAUGCAACAACCUCCACGCAGCCUGCGCAUCACCCUCCCAUCCAUGGCAGUGCCUCCGCUCAGCAUCGCUGGGACAGGACACGGAUCCUGCCCAGUUUGGCCUCAUUGGAUCUCCUCCUCCAGGACCAGCAUGGAGACUGCAUUAACAGUGGCAGGAGGACGAGCACAACAGAAGCAUCAGCUCUGCUCUCCCCAUCCAGCCUCCGCGGCCCGCAGGACACCAGGCACCGGCCAGCACAGCCCCUCGUGUCCCCCCUCCCAAUGGCUUCCCGGUGGAUCUGUGCUCUCUGCACAGCGCUGGCGUGGGGCUGCGCCGCAGCAUCCUCCUCCUCAUCCCCCGCUGCAGCUGCUCCCCCACAAGACCUACACAUCACUGAUCCUGGCCUCCUGGGCUCUCUCGAUAUAGCGUGGAAACCUCCACCCGAUGCACAGACCUUCAACGAGUGCACAGUAAAGUACAGGUUUGAACACCGCAGCGCUGGGGACAGAGACUGGAAGGUGAUUUUUACUAAGAAGCUAAAAGUCAGAGCUGGCUUUGACCUCAGCAGGAUUGCUGAAGUGAGGGUCCAGACACUGCUGGAAGGGCGCUGUACGGAUGGUGUGGAGGUGCAGAGUGACUGGAUUUAUGCUACCUUUCAGGUCCCAUUGCAAGGAAAACUGGAAUCAGGGGUUCAGAAUUUCCACUGCAUCUAUCAUGACUGGGAAUACCUCAAAUGCACUUGGCAACCGGGUCUCCUCACUCCUCAUAGUGUACAUUAUGGACUAUAUUAUUGGUACGAGGGGCUGGACCACGCGGUGCAGUGUGACAGCUAUGUUCAGGAGCACGGGAUGAACGUCGGCUGCGUGCUGCAGAACCUCAGCCAGGCAGAAUAUAAGGAUCUGAGCAUUUGCGUCAAUGGUUCGGCGGCCACGGGGCUGCUCCGGCCCUUGUACAUCACCCUUCGCCUUCACAGCCUAGUGAAGCCCCCACCCCCGGAGCAGCUGGUGGUUUCCAUGCCUGAGCCGCAGGAGCUCCACCUCGCAUGGACCCCCCCAAGCGGCAGAACACCACCCCAGUGCCUGGAGUACGAGGUUCAGGUGGCAGAGGAUGCUGGCGAGGACACGGCUUCCUGGGCGUCGGUGUCAACGCAGAUGGAGACCACGUUAACGAUUUACAGAGGAAACCAAAGCCGCGUCUCAUGCGCUCGGGUCAGGGGGAGAACAAACAUUUUCUGUGCGGACCAGGGCUUUUGGAGCGAGUGGACACAGGAGUGCUUCUCUGUACCCAGGAAAGAGGACAAGCGGCUAUUUAUCCUUGUUCCAGUCAUCCUCAGUUUGUCAAGUAGCCUCGUAAUGUUUAUGUUGAUUGGUCAGUGUAAGAAAAGAUCCCCAGCAGGAAAGCCAUUGCACACUUCUGCGGGAUGCUAACUCCGUUUGCUACUGCAGUACCACUUGUGUUUGAUGGACUGCUCUCGGAACAUCAUCCCAAGGACAGCCGAGGAGGCCUCAGCUUUCUGAAGCCCACACAGGUCUUCCCUAACUCCUGCCAUCUGUGAGGCUGGUUGUUGCAAUUCAAGUCCUCAACGGGCCCAAGGAAAACACUGGAGGCAUUUUAAACUGACUGUGGAGCAAGCUGUUAUUGAUGACAGGACAAGGGAGAGAAGGGAGGCAGUGGAACCUGCUGUGAAUAAAGGAAACAUUGUUCUGUG